AAAUAAAAUUUAAUUCUUUAAAUAGUCAUUUAAAAUGAAAUACGAUAAAUAAAAAGUUUAAGUCUUUUAUAAAAUAAAAUACAAAUAUAUGAAACAUGACAUUUACUAAAUAUUUGUCAAUUGAAAAAAAAAUAAUAAUAAAUCCGCGCUUCGGAUCAAAAUCUAGUUUUAUAUUAAAGUAUUUACUUAACUUCGAAUGGACUUAAAGUGAAAUUUUACAGACCGUUAUUGGACUUAAGUGUUGGGGGAUUGAGGCCUAAUUUUCAUGGCCCAAUACAUUUUCUCGUCCUAUAUUGCAUUUGACGGGAGACACCACAUUAUCUCCAGUCUCCACCGCGGUUCGCUGGUCUCAGUCAUGCAGUAUAUAGAGAUCUACGUCCAUGCAUGUAUAUUCAGAUGCACGUAUGUAUGCAUAAUUAAUUAUGCUAUACCAUUUAUUUUUAGAAAAUAAAUCAUGUGAACGGGAAGACUACAAACCUUAAAUUAAGGAUCACCGCAUGACCUUUUCUCCGAACUCCAUAUUUAAACAUUCCUCAAACAAAAACACCAAAGCUCUCUCUCAUGAUCUAUCUUUUAGCUCUCUUUAUUUUUCUUCGUGUUACCUUCUUCUCAUUCUUCUGACCAAAAAAAAAUCCUUUAAUUAAACUAUAUUUAUUCUUUUGUUUUGUGGGGGAAGACUAAAUGGUUGUCUCCGAUCCUCAUCUGCAGGAAAUCAUAUUGAAUCAAAUCGAAUAGUGGAAAUUUUUUAGGAACCAAAUUAAAUCAGAACAGUAUAUAUCAAGAAAACAAAUAUGGUUUUGAAAGAGGAGGAGAAGAAAGCUGAAGAAACUUCAGAAGAUCAAAAGGGAAAAGGGACGUUAAGCAGAAAGAACAGCCACAGCUCUUUGUGUCCGACAGAUGAUGACGAUGAAGACGAAGACAGGAAGCUUGAGCUUGGUCCCAUGAUCGCUCUCAAAGAACAGCUCGAGAAAGACAAGGAUGAUGAAAGCUUGAGGAGAUGGAAAGAACAACUUCUAGGCAGUGUGGAUAUGGAGGACGUUGGAGAGACUCCGGAUCCGGUGGUAAAGAUAAUGUACUUAACAAUUAGGUCACCGGAUAGAGAAGACAUGGUAUUGACGGUACCUGAAGACGGUAACCCGACAUCGAAAGGACCAUGGUUCACUCUCAAAGAAGGCUCUAAGUACACUCUUGUAUUUACUUUCCGUGUGACCAACAACAUUGUGUCCGGCCUCCGGUACAGCAACUCAGUUUGGAAGACCGGACUCAAGGUGUAUAGUAGAAAGGAGAUGCUAGGAACGUUUAGUCCACAGGCGGAACCGUAUACCCAUGUCAUGUUUGAAGAAUCGACACCGUCUGGUAUGCUUGUUAGAGGCUCCUAUUCCGUUAAAUCUAAGUUCGUAGACGACGACAAUAAGUGCUACCUGGAGAACAACUACACCUUCGACAUUCGCAAGAAUUGGCUGUGAUCCUUCACAUAAGUUACUGGAAGAAGAAAUACAUAACAUAUUAGUAUAUUAUUCAUAAUUGUUUCAUAUUUUGUUGUCUAUCUUUAAUUCAAAUUGGUUUUAAUUAAAUGUUUGUUCAUACACAUGUUCAAAUACUUCAUCCUUUCAUAAAAAAAUGUCAUUUUGACAUUUUUCACACAUAUUAAAAAAAUGAUUGAAAUAUUUUUAAGUUCUUAUUAAUUAUACAUAUUCAACCAAUAGUAUUUUAGAUAAAUGAAAUUAUUUAUAAAAUUAAUGUAUUUUAGUUAAUUAAUAUUAAGCUGGAAAUUGCAUUGAAAUUUUAAAACGAUAUAUUUUUUUGUAACAAGAAAAAAAUAUUAAAACGAUAUUUAAUAUGAAAAAGAAAGAGUAUACAUUUUGCCAACCGGAAACAUGUUAAUAAAUGCAUAUUGAUGAAAUAAAACAUGGAAGAAAGUUGUUGACCAGAAAAAAAAAAUCAUACUAUACUAAUACUAGAAGAGAGCAUUUAAGGAGAUUGUACACUUCAAGAAACAGUGAAUGCUUUACUUAAAUGCAUUUUGGGGCACUGCACUAUCGAUCUCGUUUGACUCUUGUGAAUAAAAUCACUAGAUACUAACCAAAUCAACAGAUCUAUAUUCGUAUAUCGUGACAAAACCUCUAUUUAUAAAAACCAAUAACAUUCUCAAAGAUACAAACGUCAACUCUCUCACAAACCAAAACUAACUUUCAGCAUGAAGAACACCUACAAGUUCCAAAGCCUCUUUUCUUCUCUCAUCUUCCUCCUAUUCCUCUUCACACUCCUAUCAAUUUCGAGAACCAACGCACUCAACUCCCGUGGCGGCUGCCGACAUCCGCCGUCGCAAACCAGCUGUAAGACAUGCAUGGCGGAGCAGAUGAACUACGUCUGCCCCAAGUGUGUGCCGGUGCUCCGGUGCAUGGCUCGUUGCCUUUGGGGUGGUGUAUCUCAGAGGACAUGCACUACUACAUGCGGCUGCGACACCAUGGCCAAGCCCUCGCUUCUGGAAUGUAAACGCUGUGUUUCUAGGUGUAAGUGUAGCUGUGCGGAUUAGGAACUUAGCGGCUUAAUGCUCUCUUUGAUGUUGCAAUAACAUGUUGAAUAAUGUUGGAUCUUUGUUGUUUAACUUUAUGUUUUAUAAUGUUGAAUGCUUACCUAUAUACUAUAAUUCAUAUAUUACUGA